AUGUCAUAUCCAAACUGGUUUUUGGUUUUUUGGUUUUUGGUUUUUUUUUUAAUGGACAACCAGAAUAGAUGGGGCUUCCCUGGUGGCUCAGAUGGUAAAGAAUCUGUCCACAAUGCUGGAGAGAGACCCAGGUUUGAUCCCUGGGUCGGUAAGAUCCCCUGGAGGAGGGAAUGGCUACCCACUCUAGUAUUCUUGCCUGGAGAAUCCCAUGGACAGAGGAGCCUGAGGGGCAGCAGUCCAUGGGAUUGUAAAGACUCGGACACGACUGAGCGACUAACCCACAGAAUAGCAUUAAAAAUUUAA